UCCUAACCAGUUUCUUCAGGAAAAACCCUUCUCACCAAACCUGAAUUAAACAAACAUAAUAAACCCAAUUACAUUAUCUUUCUGUCCAAACAUAUGUAAUUUGUUCAUUUCUUUUCCUCUCUAUAUUUCCUUCCAUUUCCCUUCUUUUCUGAUCCAAGCAAUACUUUUCUCAUGCAGCCAGGUCGUCGAAAGACUCCCUUCAGUGAAACAGGAGUGAUGAAGCACCGCAAAAACAAUAAUCUUUCCAUAUUUGUUGUAGUUUUCUCUGUAUUUUUGUUCGGGGUUUUCAUGUACAAUGAGGAUGUGAAGUCCAUAGCUGAGUUUCCAUUUUCAAGGCCUAAACCUAGUGAAAUCCAAGAGGAGCAAUCAAAACAAGGCAACCUAGUUCGAGAAUCUAUCAAGAAUGAGAAAGAAAAUGUGGUGUCAUUGAACCCAAGAACUUCACCUGAUCAGGAAACAACAAAGGAACCUGAUCAUGACUUGAAAUCAGUGGUGGUGAAAGAUGAAGAUGAUGAGCAGAAGGUAGAAGAGAAAGAAGAAGAACAAAAGGCUGAGCUACCAGCCAUUGAAGAAGAUGAUGAGGAUGUUGAAUUGCCUCCUGAAGACUGUGAUCUGUUCACUGGACAAUGGGUUUUUGACAAUGAAACACAUCCUUUAUACAAAGAAGAUGAAUGUGAGUUUCUUACAGCACAAGUAACUUGCAUGAGGAAUGGAAGAAAAGAUUCUUUGUAUCAGAACUGGAGAUGGCAGCCUAGAGAUUGUAAUUUACCCAAGUACAAACCAAGGUUAUUUCUUGAGAAACUGAGGAAUAAAAGACUUAUGUUUGUUGGAGAUUCAUUGAACAGAAAUCAAUGGGAAUCCAUGGUUUGUCUGGUUCAAUCUGCUGCCCCUCCUGGAAGGAAGAGCUUGAAGAAGUCAGGUUCUCUCUCUGUGUUUAGAAUUGAGGAUUACAAUGCGACAGUGGAGUUUUAUUGGGCCCCUUUUCUGGUGAAAUCAAACUCAGAUGACCCAGACAUGCACAGCAUCUUGAAUCGUAUAAUCAUGCCUGAAUCAAUCAAGAAACAUGGCAAGAAUUGGAAGGAUGUGGACUAUUUGAUCUUCAACACAUAUAUCUGGUGGAUGAACACCUUCACUAUGAAAGUCUUACGAGGAUCAUUCGAUAGAGGAGAUACAGAAUAUGAUGAGAUCGAUCGGCCAAUAGCAUAUCAGAGAGUGUUGACCACAUGGUCCAAGUGGGUUAAUAAAAAUGUGAAUCCAAAUCGAACCACUGUCUUCUUCAGCAGCACGUCUCCUCUUCAUAUCAAGAGCUUGGAUUGGUACAACCCAGACGGGAUCAAAUGUGCCCUGGAGACUACCCCAAUUCUCAACCAAUCAAUGUACCUAAAUGUGGGCACUGACCGUAGGCUAUAUGUCAUUGCCAGCAACAUUACUCAAAACAUGAUAGUUCCUGUCCAUUUUAUUGACAUUACAAGCCUUUCAGAAUACAGAAAAGAUGCACAUACUUCAGUCUAUACCAUCCGCCAAGGCAAAAUGCUAACCCCAGAACAGAAGGCUGACCCGGCCACAUAUGCUGAUUGUAUCCAUUGGUGCCUUCCCGGGUUACCCGACACAUGGAACGAGUUCCUUUACACACGUAUAAUUGCCCGCUCGUGACACGUAGAUAUAAUUCAUAUUAUCAAUAUACUUUAAUUUUUUUAAUUUUUUUUGUUUUUUUGUUUUUUAAUUUUUUUUUGUUUUGGGUAUGGCUUCAUUACCUCAGUCAUUGUUUUCCUUGUAAGCUUCCGUAAUUUUCUCUUCAACGUUUGAUCUGAUGUAGCUUCAUAUAGGGUGGAAGAAGUAUAGGGGAUGGACCGUAAGAAAAUUUUUGGUUUUACCUUUUCUGAUGAUUUAAUGGGGACUGAGGUGGAAGCCAAGAAUGCCAAAUUUCAUCACUUGACUGAGCAAGAGCUAGCCUAAUUGCCAAUGCACAAAAUUGUAUAAUGCAUAUGUUGGAAACUUGCAAAGGGAAAUAAAGGCUUAUACAAACACAAUUUCCUUUUC